AUGGACAACGCAGAAAGCAGUCAAGCUAGUACAGAAGCUUACAGCGAUAGAGGAACACCGAGUACUAUCCCUGAGGCGCCAUCUUUGACCGACCCUGAUACCUCGACGGAAGGGCAGCGGGAAAACAUGACGAACACAUACCAGAACCACCAAAAGUGCCUGGGUUGGAUGGGAGAUAGGAUUCAGAGAUUCGAAGAGUCGGUUGCAUUCUUCAAUAAUACGGGAGUGUCCGAAUACAUCAAGGGAUUCGUUCGAGAUUGGGGCUUCGCAGACUAUCAGGAAGAAGUCGACAAUAAAAGCAAUCAAUUGAAUACGGCACUUGCGAAUACUACAGCCGAAAGGGAUGAUGCUUUUGAGCGCCUAAAAAAGCUUGGUGAGCCCGUGAUUAAGGCUGAUUUACUUACUGUCGAUCUUCUGCUGAACGCCCAGAGUGUCCUUCUCGUUGGAACUCAGACACAUGAAGGGUCGCACAUACCUCAAUUUCUGCUACAUGGGUAUGACGGGUCAACUUCCAAAGCCGCAUGGAAUUAUAAGAAACCUCUAGAGGUCUCUGAUGAUGCAGCUGUCUCCAUAAAUAAGCUAAGAGAUUUGACAGAGUUAUCAAAACCUUUGAUCAUACCAGACUGGCUUAAGAGAAAGAUCCGAUCAGCCACAAACCAAGAGAAAAUCAAUUGGGGACAAGCAGCGUUGAAGGCAAUAUGCAUGGGCGAAGAAAAAGAGAACAUCGACCCGCAUAGGAAGAGAACGUAUGAGCAAUACAAGGAGCAGUAA